AUGGACACUCCGCGGGUCCUGCUCUCGGCCGUGUUCCUCAUCGGCUUCCUGUGGGAUCUGCCCGGUUUCCAGCAGGCGUCCAUCUCCUCCGCCUCGUCCUCCGCCGACCUGGGCUCCGCCAGGGGGAUGCGGAGCCGCAGGGAAGGGAAGCUGCCCCGGCCGCCGCGGGAGCGGGAGGAGCCGGAGCCGCAGCCGCAGCCGCGGGCGCAGGAGCCGCCGGCCGCGGGCCCGCGCGUGGUGCCGCACGAGUACAUGCUGUCCCUCUACCGGACCUACUCCGUCGCCGAGAAGCUGGGCAUCAACGCCAGCUUCUUCCAGUCCUCCAAGUCGGCCAACACCAUCACCAGCUUCGUGGACCGGGGGCUCGACGAUCCCCCGCACGCCGCCGCCCUCCGGAGUCAGAGGUAUCUGUUUGAUGUGUCCACGCUGUCAGACAGAGAGGAGCUGGUGGGCGCGGAGCUGCGGCUGUUCCGCCAGGCACCCCCGGAGCCCCGGGCCGCCGCGCCCGCCGCGGGGCCGCUGCGCCUGCAGCUGGCCGCCUGCCGCGCGCCCCGGCCGCUGGCCGCGCGCUCCCUGGCCCCGCGGGCGCGGCCCGGCUGGGAGGUCUUCGACGUGUGGCCGGGCCUGCGCCUGCAGCCGCGGGAGCCGCUGUGCCUGGAGCUGCGGGCCGCGUGGGCCGGGGACGAGGAGGCCGCCGGGGGCGAGGAGGCCGCCGGGGCGCGGGCCCGGGAGCAGGAGGCGGGCGCGCCGGGGCCCCCGCGGCCGCCGCCCCCGGACCUGCGGAGCCUGGGCUUCGGCCGGCGGCGGCGGCCCCCGCAGGAGCGCGCCCUGCUCGUCGUGUUCACCCGGUCGCAGCGCAAGAACCUGUUCGCCGAGAUGCGCGAGCAGCUGGACUCGGCCGAGCAGGCGGCGGGCCCGGGCGCGGGGUUGUGGCCGCCGCUGCUGCCGUCGGGCGCCCCGGAUGCCCCGGACGCCGCCGCCGCCACCGCCGCCGCCGCCGCGGGGCCCUGGCUGCUGCCCUCUAGCGGCCGGAGGCGGCGGCGCACGGCCUUCGCCAGCCGCCACGGCAAGCGGCACGGCGGCGGCGGCGGCGGCGGCGGCGGCGGCAAGAAGUCGAGGCUGCGCUGCAGCAAGAAGCCGCUGCACGUGAACUUCAAGGAGCUGGGCUGGGACGACUGGAUCAUCGCCCCGCUCGAGUACGAGGCCUACCACUGCGAGGGCGUGUGCGACUUCCCGCUGCGCUCGCACCUCGAGCCCACCAACCACGCCAUCAUCCAGACGCUGAUGAACUCCAUGGACCCCGGCGCCACGCCGCCCAGCUGCUGCGUGCCCACCAAGCUGACCCCCAUCAGCAUCCUGUACAUCGACGCGGGCAACAACGUCGUCUACAAGCAGUACGAAGACAUGGUGGUGGAGUCGUGUGGCUGCAGGUAG